AUGGCCUUGUUUAACUCCUUCAAAAGGACCACCCUGAGCACUGGGCACUCAUACUGCUACCUCUACAACCAGCGCACCCCAGGUAGCGGCAAUCCAACACUCCUAUUCCUCCAUGGUUUUCCCAGCAGCGCGUAUGACUUCCGGCACCAGGUGGCGCACUUCUCCCCUCGAGGGUACGGCGUGCUCGUGCCGGACCUCCUAGGCUAUGGCGGCACAUCACAGCCGCUCGACGUGCAGAAGUACAGCAUGACUCGGAUGGCGCAGGAGAUAAUAGAGAUCCUAGACCAUGAGGGCAUCUCGCGAGUCGUGGGGAUCUCCCAUGACUGGGGCUCCGCUCUUCUCUCGACGCUGCUGCGCCGGCAUCAUCAGCGUUUUGACGCCUUUGUUUUCAUGGCUACUUACUACGGUGCCGCGCACCCGUAUUCCGGGGAUAGUGUCUACGACUACGGGAAGUUGAAGGAGAUGUCGCUGGGGAAGUUUGGAUUUAAUGCAUUUGGUCACACCGUGUUCCUAGGUGACGCGGACAGGGCGGGGAGAUUGCUGGACGAAAAUGUUGAGAGUUUCUAUGAUCUCGUUUGGGCUAGGGACCAGGAACUGUGGAAGAAGUAUUUCAGAAGAGAGGGCGGGAUUGAGGAGUGGGUGACCAACGGGAUGAGAUGUGAUGUCGCAGACUGGGUCGGUGGUGGAGAAGGGGAGGACAAGGAGGAGCGCAGGAAGAUCAUCAGCUUGUGGAAGAUGGGAAACGGAUUCACACCAAAAUGUAUGUGGUAUAAGCAAUUGUUGAACGGAGUUUCGGUGGCAGAUGAGGCUGACAGCUCGCCUAUCCCGUCGAAACUCUCACAGCCAAUCCUUUUGAUGAUUGAGCAGAAGGACGUCAAAGGCCGAGGGGAUGGAGCUGAAGAGGCUGCUAGAGCAGUCUCGCAGCAUGUGUACGUCGAAAAGUGCGAUACCUACCAUUUUAUGAUGCUUGAGGAUCCUGAGAGGACGAAUGCAAUUCUUGACAGAUUCCUUUCCAAACAAAUGGGAAGGAUGGUGGAAGGGGUAAAUUGA